AUGGAGGCGUCGCCCAAGAAGCCAGAGGCGCUGCAGCGGCCCGACAUCAAGCAGCAGUCGUUUGCCGAAAUCUACGGCGUGCCCGAAAACUUUCUCGAAAUCGAGGUCCGAAGUCCCCAGACACAUGGAAUCGCCCGAAAAAUGUACACUGACUACGAAAUCGUAUGCCGGACCAACAUCCCCGUGUUCAAGCUCAAAUCCUCCGUGGUCCGAAGGCGGUACUCGGACUUUGAGUGUUUCCGAGAGAUUCUGGAGCGGGAGAGCACACGGGUGUCCAUCCCCAGCUUACCUGGCAAGGUGUUCACCAACCGGUUUUCCGACGAGGUGAUUGAGGCUCGACGUGAGGGUCUGGAAAAGUUUCUGCAGACCGUUGCAGGCCAUCCUCUGCUGCAGACCGGCUCCAAGGUUCUGUGUGCCUUCAUCCAGGACCCUCAGUGGGAUAAGAACCAGUGGAUCUGA